UCUAGAAGUCCAGGGAAGGCCGCCUACGGUAGCCAGUCUGCUUUUCCUCCCCCUUCCCUGGCCGAUUCUCAGUUUCACUUCCGGUCCCUUAUUUCCGGUGCUUUCCCCCUCCCCCCUUUUUUUCCCUUCCGACAGAAAAAUCGGUGGUGCGGUCAGUUAGAAUCUUCAGUUCCCGUCGGGGUUGGCCUCCCCGGAGGCCGGGAAGUUCUCUGGCCACGCGGUCCGAGGGCGGCCCCCCUCACUUGCACCAUGGCCCGAAAUGCAGAAAAGGCCAUGACGGCCUUAGCAAGAUUUCGCCAAGCUCAAUUGGAAGAGGGAAAAGUGAAGGAACGAAGACCCUUCCUUGCCUCAGAAUGUACUGAAUUGCCCAAAGCUGAGAAGUGGAGACGACAGAUCAUUGGAGAGAUCUCUAAAAAAGUGGCUCAAAUUCAGAAUGCUGGUUUAGGUGAAUUCCGAAUUCGUGACCUGAAUGAUGAAAUUAACAAACUGCUAAGAGAGAAAGGACACUGGGAGGUCCGGAUAAAGGAGCUGGGUGGUCCUGAUUAUGUAAAAGUUGGCCCUAAAAUGCUGGAUCAUGAAGGCAAAGAAGUCCCAGGAAAUCGAGGUUACAAAUACUUUGGAGCAGCAAAAGAUUUGCCUGGUGUUAGAGAGCUAUUUGAAAAAGAACCUCUUCCUCCUCCAAGAAAGACACGUGCUGAGCUCAUGAAGGCAAUUGAUUUUGAAUACUACGGUUACCUAGAUGAAGAUGAUGGUGUUAUUGUGCCUUUGGAACAGGAAUAUGAAAAGAAAUUCAGAGCCCAAUUAGUGGAAAAGUGGAAAGCAGAGAGAGAGGCUCGGCUGGCAAGAGGAGAAAAGGAAGAGGAGGAGGAAGAGGAGGAAGAAAUCAACAUCUAUGCUGUCACUGAGGAGGAGUCUGAUGAGGAAGGCAACCAGGAGAAAGGAGGUGAAGACGAGCAGCAGAAGUUCAUCGCCCAUGUCCCUGUGCCAUCACAGCAAGAGAUCGAGGAGGCACUUGUGCGAAGGAAGAAGAUGGAACUCCUCCAGAAGUAUGCAAGUGAGACCCUGCAGGCCCAGAGCGAAGAGGCCAAAAGACUCAUGGGAUAUUAGGGCUGAGUGAGGGUGCUCCCUGGGGUCUGGAAACCUGUUGGGAGCUCUUCAGCCCCAGCUGGUCCUUGCAUUAACCUACAGGGCUCUGCUGCCCUGGGACUGCAGACUGGCAGGCUAGUGCGGCAAGGCUUCCUGCUACUUCUUACCAUUCAUUCUUUACCUUUUCUUACCUCAGCUAUUGGUCUCAGGGGAGGAGUCUGUCCCAUCCCUCCCUUGCAGGCUGCCUAUCAGUUUAGCUGUCACCUUUAUACAAAUGUUUUGCUACUGUAUGAACCCACUUAUUUUUAUAUUGAAUGUGUAAAACAGGCUGCUAACUGGCUGCCUAAAUAAGUGUUUUAUUUAACCUUUAACUGCCAUUUGGUGGGGAGGGUGAUCAUUUAGUGACCAGCAUUUAAAAAAUGAAGUUUUUCCUAACAAGACAUUAUUUGUAACUCCUCUUGAAAAAUGAAAUGUGUCAAUCCUGAGCCCACAUCCCAUGUGUCAGUAGCCAGCCAGAGCUGUACCUUUUGGGCCUGGCAUAGUUUUCUGUGGCCUGCUCAGCUUGCCUCAUUCCCCCCUGCCCAGGUGGCAGGAAAUUGAAUUUGCUAUUUCUGUUUUAUGACUGGUUCUGUAGAGAGCUAUUUUUUUUAUUAAAAUUUAUUUUUUUAAAUUAAAUUUAUUGGGGUGACAUUGGUUAAUAGAAUCAUAUAGGUUUCAGGUAUAGAUGCCUAUGAUACAAGAUCUAUAUGUUGCACUGCGUACCCACAAACCGAAGUCAAUCUUCCAUCACCAUAUAUUAGGCCACUUGAGAGCUAUUUUUAUUAAAGACUUUUAUAUGAAGGGGAAA